UGGUUCAUCUUAUACCGUCGUACAGGCAGAAACUAAAAUCAGCUAAACCUGUAUCAAGGACUGUAAAAAGAUGGACUAAUGAAUAAGGGUGCUCCGAUUGAUCGGUCGCCGAUCAUAAUCGGCCGAUAAUAGCUUUGGGAUGUUUGAUCGGCCGUCUCUAUAAAGGCCGAGCCAGAAAAGCCGAUCAGAUGACGCAAAACUCGCGAGACGAUUUUUUUACGCACUGCUAAAAAUGGCUUCACCGGUCUGGCAAUUCUACGUGGUGUGCGAAAAAAGAUAAUACAUUAGCAAUCUGCAACGUGUGUACCAAGCAAAUCCCAUGAGGCGGAAAGCAUGCAAAACAUUUUAACACCACCAACCUCAUCAGACAUUUGAAGGUUAGUCACGUAAAGGAAUAUGAGCAGUUUUCAAAGUUAGCUAGCGCAAAGAGAGAGCGAGACAGUUCGGCAACUCAAGCGCCACUCACUCAGCUGUCAGUAACAGAGACAUUUCAAAGAAAGCAACCCUACAGCAGGGACAGUAAGAAGCAUAAAGAGAUAUCAGACAAAAUAAUGGAAUUCAUUUGCCUAGAUCACCAGCCUCUGUCUGUUGUGGAAGACGAAGGGUUCCAGCGACUCAUGUCCUAUUUAGAUUCACGUUACACUCUGCCAGGGCGUAAAUAUUUCACUGAUGUGUGCCUGCCGCAGUUAUACCAAACCGUGUUUACAUAUGUCGACAGCCUUAUGAAGGACAACAUAACAUCGAUUGGUUUCACUAGUGACAUUUGGAGUGCGAGUGUAUGCCCCAUGUCCAUGUUGAGCCUCACUGCGCAGUUCAUUAAUCAAAACUUCGAACUACAAAAAGUUGUUCUACAUUCUCAAAAGUUUUCAGGGUCACACACCGCAGAGGCUCUUGUUGCUGCAUUCAGCGACAUGUUUCAAGCAUGGGGAAUCCCGAAGGAAAAAGUGCAUGUUAUUCUAAGGGAUAACACAAAGAACAUGGAAAAGGCCAUGAGGGAUGCCCAUCUACCCAGCCUGCCGUGCAUGGCGCAUUCACUCCAGCUCGCUGUGACCGAGGGAGUCAUGUCACAACGCAGCAUCGCUGACAUAAUCGCUUCUGGAAGACUCAUCGUCGGUCAUUUCAAACACUCCCCGCUUGCUUACUCACGACUUCAAAGUAUUCAGAAACAACUGGGCCAGCCUAUCAAGAGACUACAGCAAGAUGUACCUACCAGGUGGAACAGUACUGUAUACAUGCUGCAGAGUCUGCUGGAACAGAAACGUGCCCUGUGUGCUUAUGUAGCCGACUAUGACUUACCCUCCAUGUUCACCAGUAGCCAGUGGAAAUUAGUUGAAAAUAUGAUUUCGCUACUCACCCCAUUUGAAGAGCUCACGCAGCAGAUCAGCUCAUCCACUGCAUCGGCUGCAGAUGUUAUACCAUCCAUCAGAGCUUUAACUCGUCUUCUGGAGAAGACAGCAGAGACUGACCACGGUGUAAAAACUUCAAAAGCCACGUUGUUGGAAGCGGUCCAGAAAAGAUUCCGUGACAUUGAAUGUGAGCGCCUGUAUAGCAUUGCUACAAUCCUCGAUCCGAGGUACAAAGACAGAUAUUUUUCUGACGCAGUCAAGCCCCAGAUACGUGGACUGCUUUCUAAUGUCCUGGCCACUGGAUUGGAGCAGCAGGAUGGUGAGGCGAGUUUGGCUGCAAGCGGGUCCGGACCCCCAGAGAAAGUACCACGAACCGGCUCCUUGCAUGCUAUGUAUGCUGAGUUGUUGGGUGGAGAUCAGGAAUGUGGUAGCAGUGAAAACAGCAGCUCAGCAUCAUUGCAAUUGAAUUUCUACCUGUCAGAGCCAGUUAUCGCUCAAAGUGGACAGCCACUUGUUUACUGGCAGAACAAUAAAAGCCGCUUUCCCGCAGCACGCACCUACCUCUGUGCACUGUGUACAAGUGUUGAUAGCGAACGACUUUUUAGCACAGCAGGGAAUAUUAUUGAUGAGAAGAGGAACAAGCUGUCAGCCAAAAAUGCAGAGAUGCUUAUAUUUAUAAAGAAAAAUCUGCCAUUGAUGCUUAAGAAGUAAGCUUUGGGCAAUCUAAUAAUCUCUAUCCCCCCUCUCUCUUUUUCUACCUCUCUCUACCUCCCUAAAUGCCCACAAAAUCUGAAUGAGUAUCUCAGAAAGCUGUUAUAGAUAUACAGAUAUGGAAGUUGUUAGUUAUUAGAAUGUUUUGUUGCUGUGCACUUUACUACCUGUGCUCCUUGAAAUGGUGUUUUACAAUAACCAAUGUCUGACUGACUUAAAACAAUAUUUUGGCUAUAGCCUUUUUUGUUGCAGUUUUAAAAGUAGCCUAAAGCUAAAUUUAAAGACUCAGAUGUUAUGUCUUAUCUUAUUUUAUUUAUAUAUUCUCCAGGAAAGUUGUAUUAGUCAAGUCCUAAGUUGUUCCUAAUAACCAAACACAUGCUGCUAAGUUAAUUUGUUGGAAAUGUUGCUUCCAAAUAAAUACACAGUUGUCAAUUCAUGAUGCGUUGUCUUCUCUUAAUUGUAAUACUUAAUGUGCAUUGUUGUUAAAUAUUGUUUAAAAAAUUAUGCUACAUGAUAAAUAGAAGGCUUCAAAUAGACCCUGUAAUCGGUGAUCAGUAUCGGUAUCGGGUGAUACAGCUUCCAGCAAUCGGGGAUCGGUGAUCGGCCCCAAAAAUCCUGAUCGGAGCACCCCUACUAAUG